UGCACUCCGGCUCUUGGGUCCAAAAGCACAACCAUCUUGUCGGCGAAGCCAAUGUUUUUGCCCGACCGCGGCACGAUCCACCAGCGACUGCUGGCCGUCAUUCUGGACUACUCCGUCUGCGGCAUGCAUGCCAGCGUGACGGAAGCUGGCGUCCGCGAAAUCUUCCUGGGGCCUAACGGGGAUGGUCGCGGCGGAGUAGCCGCGAAGUACACAAACUGUUCCUUUGGGAAAUUCAACCUGAACGCCACGGCAUUUAGGGUUAUCACUGUGAAUGUCAGCAGCUGCUCGCCGGAGGUGACAUUAGAUUGCAGCUUUCAUAGGUUCUGCUUUGAUGGGGACAUCGGAGCCAAGGCGCUGCUUGGAAAGGAAGCGGUUUCGGGCUUCACCCACUUUGCAUACAUAGUGCCGGAGCCUAAUGCUAACGUCUGUCCUUGGGCGGGCGUGGCAUACCUGCCGGGGAACCAAAUCGCGUUGAGGUCAUAUUCCUACGGCGUACAACGCUGGGGCACCAUCAUGCAGGAAGCCAUCCACAAUUACGGUUUGUGGCACUCCUGGCAAAACGGCUGGGAGUACGAGGAUUGGUCGACCGCCAUGGGCCGUGGAAAUGCCUGCCCCAACGCCCCCGAGCUGGCUCGGCUCGGUUGGGCCACGCCAGUGAAUGGCGGUGCUCGUGUUGACUCCAAGGCGCUGCCUGCAGGUACCGUCCUCAGCUUCAAUCUUCCCGCCACGCACCUGACCCCCAAUGGAACCUACAUCAGGGUUGUUCCCGACUGGAUGCCGAUGUACAGCGACCCCUCCCUGGCCAAGAACCUGUACAUUUCCGUACGUGUGAACAAGAGCGGCGAUGCGGAACUGACUGGGUCAGCGUACAGAAAUAAAGUGAAUGUCCACGAACUCAACGCAACAAUGGAUAACGAUCCGUCGACGUUUGUAUACACUGAUCCCAAGAUUUCAUUCAUCGGCUCUGCCAGCCCUGGUGUCCUGAGUAACUUCACCAAUUACAAUCUUCUCGUGCACGGCGGAUCUUGGGUCGGUACUGACAUCCUCAAGGUCCUAAUCUGCCGGUACAAAAUUAACCCAGAGGAGUGUCCCAUUCCGAAGUCUCCGCCGCCACCGUCUCCUUUACCGCCAUCACCCAACCCGCCACCGCCAUCACCCAGCCCGCCACCACCCAAGCCGAAAGCACCCACGCGGCCGCCAGCCAAGCCGCCAGCACCCAAGCCGCCACCGUCCAAGCCACCAUCACCAAGGCCGCCAUCACCACCGCCGCCAUCACCAUCACCGAAGCGGUCCGCCAAGCCUUAG